AUGUCUAGCAGAGAACUAGGCCAUACCCGAGCUGGGUGUAUCUCAACCAGCCCGCUGGAUUCUGUUGGACCUAAGCCAUCUACCAGUCUGGUUCUUAACUCUCUUGGUCACCUUUCACCUCAAGAACGCUCUGAUUCGUCUUGUUUUCACCGUCACAACCGUGCUCCAAAUCGCAUUGCACUGCAGAACGAAGAUGACGAAGAAGAAGCUGUUAUUAUCACUACCCUCGAUACCGUUCCCUUUUGCUGCCAUGAAGACCUACUUACAAUGUCCCGACAUCAUCUCAUUGGUGUUGCCCGUAUCUUGAAUGCCAGGUUGCCAAAAGCUUUUCGGAUAAACACGGAUAACACUGACAGCUUCAUUCGAAACUCGAUCGAGAUCCUGGUUGGGAUACGGAAGGGUCCUUUGAUGAGUUCAAGUUCUCCCCUCACCUCGCAAGUUGACAAGCCUGGAAACCAUUCUCAAUCAUCUAUCGUUGAACGCGGGAUGGAUAUCAAGGGUUCUGAAGACGGAGAUCAAUGGCAACAACAGACUUUGUUGAAUAUGAGUCCGCUGGCUACUAAACGCGCAAGAAGGGCGAGCGUCUACGGUUCGCCUUGUGUGACGCCCCGAUUGUCAAGGCUUGUCGAGGAGGAGGAAGAUGAUGACGGGCCUUUUAAGAAGAGGCGACGAAUCUCUGAAGCUGGGGGUAGCCGUCUGAAGACUCGUGAAGGCUUCGACACGGGCGUGGGUACGCCUUCCAUGUACCGUUCUUCUCGACCUUUGCGAGGACCCUUGGAUGACUCCCCUACUGUGAUGCGCAAGGCCUUGUUAACGUGUUCGGAUCGGAUUGAAAUGCAAAUUUCCACUCCUCUCUAUCGAAGGAACAGCGAGGCCAUACGGUCAAGGAGCGGCAGGCCGCCUGAGGUCCGCGCUUCGUCGUUGUCGGUUACUCACACACCACUAUAA